CUCUUUACCCUCUCCCCCUCCCCCUCCCCCGGUGAGUUCAUAGGCGCCCUAGCCCUGGAAAGAGCUAUGCCAAGGAGGACUAGUAAGGGUCGCCAAAGGAUUGCCAUGGCCAGGAUAGAAAAUGAAAGCAACCUCCAAGUAACCUUUUCGAAACGUCGUUCUGGCCUUUUCAAGAAGGCCAGUGAGAUAGCCAUUCUUUGUGGCGUCGAGGUGGUGAUCAUCGUUUUUUCACCCGGCCAUAAGGUCUUCUCCUUUGGCCACCCUAGUGUGGAAGAAAUCACUAACAGGUUCCUGACUGGGACCCCUCCACCAUCCCGCCCCACCAACCAGCUCAUGGAGGCUCAUCGGAACGCCUGUGCUCAUGACCUCAAUAUCAAGCUGGCCAACAUACAGGCUAUGUUAGAAGUCGAGAGGCAGCGUGCAACUGUGCUUGACCAUGCUAUAGCUUUGAGCAGGAGCCAUCGUCAAUGCCAGUGGAAGGCUCCUCUUCAGGAGCUGAACUUGGAUGAGCUUAUGGAGUUGGAAGGUGCCAUGGAAGGGCUCAAGGCUAACGUGGAAAAGCAAAGUGAAAAGUUCAUGCAAGAGCACCAACAAAAUCCUUCGAACUUUUCGCAGGGAUUGAGUUCUUUUGGAGGUGGAGGGUCAGGUUCUUUUGGAGGUGGAGGUGCUUGGACGAGUUCUUUAGGAGGAGGUGGUACUGAUGUUUUCUCUUUCCCCCCUGGUCCAAGUUCUUUUGGAGAACGUGGUAUUUGUGUUUCGCAAUUUCUCAAAGGGUCGCGUCUUUUCCGAGGUGGUGGUGGUACUGGUGGCGCUCUGUCAUUUCCGACAGGACCAAAUUCUUUUGGAGCAGGUGGCAGUUCUGGUGGUGCUCUGUCAUUUUCGACAGGGCCAAAUUUUUCUAGAGGAGGUGGUGGCACUCCAACAUUUUCGACAGGGCCGAAUUCUUUUGGAGUUGGUGAUGCCUUGCCAUUUUCCAUAGGGAAGGAUUUUUCCAGAGGCGGUGGCAGUGGUGUUUUGCCAUUUUCUAGGGGUUCAAGUUCUUUUGGAGGUGGUGAUGGUGCUCUGCCAUUUUCCACAUGGCCUAGUACUUCUCUCGGAGGCAUCAGUAGUAUUAGUGGUACUCUGCCAUUUCCUGGCGAAUCAAGUUCUUCUGGACGUGGCGAUGAUGGCAAUAUCUUUCCGGUUCCUCCAGGGCCGAGUUCUUUUGGACAAGGUGGUGCUCUGUCAUUUCCUUCACGACCAAGUUCUUUUGGCAGUGGCAGUGGAAGUCGCGGCGGUGCUUUUCCAUUUUCUCAACAAACAAGUUCUUAUGGACGUGGCGGUGAUGGCGCCGGUUCUGGUGGUGGGUUUUACUGA